AUGCCUCCUGACGAGAUACUGUGUUGUUCAUUUCCCACCACUCUCAAACGAGCUACAAGGGAGUGGUUCACAAAGUUACCAACAUCAUCCAUUGAUAGCUUCGAGCAUUUAAGUAAUGCCUUUCUGCGCCACUUUAUUGGAGGACAACGCCCGAAGAGACUGGCAGACUACCUGCUCAUCAUCAGGCAAAGGGAGAAAGAGACCCUGAGGUCGUACAUGAAACGCUUCACUCGAGAAACUCUAGAGGUAGAUGAAGCUGACGACAAGAAUCCUCCUAAGAUGAUGGCAAAGAUGCUCCUGAAAGCACAGAAGUACAUGAAUGCUGAGGAUGCACUAGUCGCCAUAAAAGAUGUGGAGAAGACAUGA